AUGGCUCGCUCCAAAGAAAAAAGCAAUGAAAAUAAAAAGGCUAAUCACGAAGAACAGAAAAAAAGGCAGCGCGAAGCAAUGAGAAGGCUACGUGAAUCCAGGCGACUAGAUCCAGUUACAUAUGAGGAAGACAAGUGGAAAGAACGAGAGCGAUAUUACCAGAGGAAAGAAGCAGGAAAAAUUAAAACAAUUGAACAAAUGACAGACAGAGAAAAACGAACUCAAAGAAAAGAUUGGCGGAAUAGAAGUAAACUUCAAUAUGACAGAAAGAAAAAUACAAGACAGGUCGAAAUUAGAUUACAAGAUGACUCAUCACCCCCCUCGCCAAUCCAAGAAGAAUUUAUAGCUGACCCAUAUGACGAAAGACUUCAAGCAAGAAAUGAUGGAAGAAAAAGACAAGGCAGGCUACGAAGAAGAAAACAUAGAAAGGCUCUAAAUAGAGAAAUAAGUGUGUUAAAAGCCAAACUGAAGAAAGAGAAAAGAAAGAAGGAAAAAUACAGAAUGCGACUGAAAAGAGUAAAAAAUAAGCUGUGUAAAAACAUACAUUCGCCUACAAAAAAAGUGGAAGCACUAAUUGAAGGACAAAUCGUUUCUCCGGCUGUUAAGAAAAAACUAUUAUUUUCCGAAGUUAUAGAGAAACAGUUAACAGAAAAUUAUCGUGUUCUAACAAAACCUGCACAAAAAAGAAUAUUUUGGAAAUGCAUUUCCGGCAAUGUUAUCAAAAAGUACAAACAAAAAAGUUAUUUAAAGAAAACCACAUCUGUUUUCACUUCCGAAAAAAAUAAAUCUAGAACCAGAUUAAUAAAACAGGAAUUCAUCUGGCAACAAAUAAUAAAUUUUCUUGAAAAAGAUGAGUGCAGUAGACUCUGCCCUGGCAAAAACGAUUAUGUUACAAAAAAACAUGUUAAGAAACAGAAACGGAUACUAAAUGACACACUCAAGAAUUUACACAGAAAAUUUAUGAAAGAAAAUAAAUUUCUGAUUAGCUACACAACCUUCUGCCGAUUACGGCCUUUCUGGAUUGUACAGCCUAAAAUAGAUGAACGAAAUACCUGCCUUUGUUUAAUUCAUACGAAUAUGUGGUUGCUUGUUAGAAGGUUAAAGAUAGCAAAUAUAAUAAAAGAAAAUUCACCAGAAGAAGUAUGUAAAACUAUUUGUUGUGAAGGAGAAGUAUUAAAAGAAACAUGUUUAGAAAGAAAAUGCGAAAAUUGUAAAGACAAAACCAUAGUUACAGUUGAUUUUGAUGGAGCGGACACCAUGGUGUAUGAGAAAUGGGUUACAAAACGAGUUACAAUAGUAGUGAAAGGAAAAGAGAAGCUGUGUACAAAAACUGUUAAGGAAAAGCUUAUGUCUACUAAGGCGGAGGUUUAUGAAACGUUCAUUGGCUUAAUGAAGCCAUUUCUUUUACAUAUAAAAAAUUUAGAACACCAGAUGAGAGAAAUUCGGAAAAUUAAGGAAAAUAUGAAUAAUAAUGAAGCUUUGAUUCAUAUGGAUUUUUCCGAAAAUUACGGAUGCAAGUAUGCGGAAGAAGUUCAGUCGGCCCACUUUGGGAAUUCAAAAAUGCAGUUAAGCUUGCACACAGUUGUUGUGUACUAUAAAAGCUCUAACAAUGAUAUGCAAAAGAAAUGUUUUUGUACAGUGUCACCAAGUUUGCGGCAUGAUCCUGUGGCAAUUUGUGCUCAUCUCCUUCCCGUGUUUAGAAAACUUAAAACCUUUGUAGAAAAUUUAAAACACAUCCAUUUUUUAAGUGACGGGCCCUCAACCCAAUACCGGAACAGAAAGAUGUUUUACUUAAUGGCAAACUUUAUUUCGCAGGAGUUAAAUGUAGAAGAGUUGCGGUGGCAUUAUAGCGAGAAAGGUCACGGCAAGGGAGCUCCUGAUGGAGUAGGUGGAGUCUUGAAACGCACAGCUGAUGGUAUUGUUGCUCGAGGAACAGACAUACAUAACCUACAAUCUUUCCUGUUUCAUUUGAAAGCAAACUGUAAAGGUAUUUUUCUUUUUAAAGUUCAGUUAGAUGAUUCAGAGCUUGAGAAAAUUGAAGAAAAAAUACCUAAAAUACUGCCAACAUAUAAGGGAGUUUUACAGUGCCAUGAGGUAGUUUGGUCUAAACAACAUACAUUUUUGGAUAUUCGAAAACUAACCUGCCUUAGCUGCUCGCCAUCCAAAGUGUGUUCUCAUUACUCUUUGGCACACACAUUGACAAAGGGAAGACUGAUUUACAGUAAUAUUUAUUCGUCAUCGUCCGAUGACGAAGAGGACAAUCUGCUUCUAGCUAGACUUUUAAACCGAAAACCUGAUUCCUGUUUAUCACCAAAAGAAAAUCAUUCUAGGACCACUGAUUUUGACUGUGACAUUCAUCUAGACAAUGUCAUGUCAACCAGAAUUGAUGUUCAAUCAUCUCAUUCCAUUUUAACAAAUCUGGAACCAAAAAUCAACGACUAUGUAGUGGUUAAAUUUUGUACAAAAAAGCUGGUUAAACAUUACAUUGGUGUUAUCCAGUCGACCGAGUUAGAAGAUUAUCCAAAUGACUACUUAAUUAAAUUUGUUAAGAAAAAGACUGGUACUGAUAAAUUCUUUUUUCCAGUUCGUGAAGACAUUUCACUAAUAAGCAAGACUGAUGUAGUAUCUGUUCUUCCUCCAGUAAUAGUUCUUGAUCGGGAACAGUUAUUUUUUAAUACAGAUUUGUCUUUAUUCAGUAACAUAAAUUAA